AGAAGCAAAGUAUUGUAUAUUUACAAUUCAGGAAGAUCAUGCUCCCUUGAAGAAUCAGAGCAGUGCAGAAAAAUUUCCUUAACAUAACCCCAAGAGAAAUAUAUCCUAAUUUCAUCGCGCUAAAGUCAAAUGCAAUAAACUACAGGAUGGCCACUGGAAGACUGAAUGAUAUAAAACAAAAACCCCGCCAAACCCUUCAGUCUUUCAGUGGCCACCCUAUAUUUUCAAUUUUAAUAACAAGUAUUGACAUUCUCUAAAAAUAUUAUUCCCGCCAAAAUAUCUAUUGUCUGAGAUUCCAUGUUGAAGCAUCAAACCGCCUGGUGAGGAUAGCUAGCAAGCCCCACAUACGUAGCGGAACACACACCACACACACAUACGUCCUUUCCUCCAUGAAUAAAAAGAUACGACGCUGUGCGUUCAAUGGCCGCCUCAGUCGUUAAAGAAGAUUCCUACGUUAUCCGUGCCAGUCAAAGCUAUUGACUCGUCUACAUUUCACCGAUCGCACCAACAUCAAUUAAUGGAUAUAUAUGAAAAUUCCAUGACUAGAGGAGCUAUAAAGAUAAUGACGUUCUAACUCCACCUAAAGGAUAAAUGUCAUGAAAAAAGAUUAUGGCUGGAUAAGUACUAAGCGCAGCAUUUUUAUGGGGCUAACUAGUUAUCAUUCAUUUGUUCCUUCUAAUCUUUUUUAAUAACAUGAAUGCAGGAUUUAUUGGGAUAACCUUUUUAGAGACUUUAUUACCAGAGAAGAAUUUUUCGUGAAUCAAAAAAAUGUCAGGACGUCAUAAGGCUGGACCAUCGCUUAACACAGAUGCUCUUCGUCGCGAUGUCGAUACCGACGUCCACAAGGUGGACAUAACAGUUCUCAUGAAUAGACUUAAAACUGAUUCGCAACGUGGAUUGUCGGCUAACGUAGCUAGAGAACUUUUACGGCAACACGGAAUGAAUUCUUUAACGCCGCCAAAGCAAACCCCAGAAAUCGUAAAAGCUAUUCGCUGCUGCUGCAAAGGAUUUUCACUAUUAAUUUGGUUUGGAGCUGUACUCUGCUUUAUCAGUUAUUUCAUCGAGCAACAAACCUUAGGGGAACCGACUCAGGAUCACCUGUGGCUUGGCGUUGUUCUAGUAAUCCUGAUUAUGGUAACGGGAAUGUUUAGCUACUAUCAGGAGUCCAAAAGUUCCAGAAUAAUGGAAUCAUUCAAGCAAAUGCUACCGGAGAAAACGAAAGUACUGCGCGAUUCCGAAUUGAAGGAAAUAUAUGUCUCUGAAUUGGUACUCGGCGAUAUCGUCCUACUGGAAACCGGUGACCGAGUUCCUGCUGACAUUAGAAUCCUGGAAUGCCAAGGACUAAAGGUAGAUAACGCCUCUCUUACUGGAGAAUCCAUACCGCAACUAAGAUCCUCAAAAAUGUCAGAAGGACCUCUGUUGGAAGCUAGAAACAUGGCGUUCUUUUCUACUAGCGUCGUAGAAGGAACUGGAAAAGGAAUAGUAGUCGCUUGUGGUGAUCAAACUAUAAUGGGUAGAGUUGCUAAAUUAACUUCAAGGCUUUCUUCGAGACCGACGCCAUUGUCUCGCGAAAUCCAUUUGUUUAUGAGAUUUAUAUCAUCCUGGGCCAUUUUCUUGGGAGUGUCAUUUUUUGGAAUGUCAUUAGCUCUUGGCUAUGAUUGGGUAGAUUCAGUAGUAUUUCUUAUUGGCAUUAUAGUAGCUAAUGUGCCAGAAGGUCUUAUUGCUACCGUGACAGUGAGUUUGACUUUGACUGCCAAAAGAAUGGCGAGUAAAAGUUGUCUAGUGAAAAAUCUCGAGGCCAUUGAGACUUUAGGAUGCACUGCUGUUAUUUGUUCUGAUAAAACUGGGACGCUCACGCAAAAUAAAAUGACCGUUCGCCAUAUGUGGUACGACGGUUCAUUGAAAGAAAUCAUGGCUUCUGAUACCUGGAUAAAAUAUGUGAAUAGCCCAUGCUUUCAGGAUAUAGCUAGGAUAGCUAGUCUCUGUAAUAGAGCUGAAUGGGUCCAACAAGAUAGUACCAUUGGGCCCCCAUUGCCAUUGAAUAAAAGAAAAAUUCUAGGCGAUGCUUCUGAUGGUGCUUUACUUAAAUGUAUGGAAGUUCUUCUAAAAGGUGGUGCUGAAUCAUACAGAAAGGAAUAUAAAAAGGUCUUCGAAAUUCCAUUCAACUCUACCGACAAGUUUCAAGCCAAUGUUCACUUGAACCAGGGUGUUCACCUAAUAUCACUUAAGGGUGCGCCUGAAAGUGUUCUUGAACGCUGUACAAGAUAUUCAUCCGGCAAGGAGACUCGUGAUCUCGACGAAGACACCAAAAUGGCGUACACAGAAGCCUGCAAGAUCCUAGCGAACAAUGGUGAACGGGUACUAGGCCUUGCUGACUUGGAGUUAGAUCCAGUUCAAUUUCCUCAGGGUUUUCAAUUUAAUGCAGACCCACCGAACUUUCCAGUUCAUGAUUUAAGAUUGGUGGGCCUGAUCUCAAUGAUGGACCCACCGAGGCCGCCGGUCCCCGACGCCGUCUACAAAUGUCGGUACGCCGGUAUCAAGGUGAUCAUGGUUACGGGUGACCACCCUGACACGGCCAGGGCCAUAGCCAAGUACGUAGGCAUCAUCACCGAGGACCAAACCGAGUCGGAAAGACAUUCCGUAGUAUUGACUGGGCCGAAAUUGCGGGACCUAGAACCCAUUGAAUUGGACAAUAUUAUACGACGUUAUCCGGAAAUUGUCUUCGCCAGAACGUCACCGGUUCAGAAACUUCAGAUCGUUGAAAGCUGUCAGAGGCUACACUUGAUUACUGCUGUUACUGGAGACGGGGUUAAUGACUCACCGGCUCUUAAACAAGCAGAUAUUGGAAUUGCCAUGGGAAUUGCAGGAUCUGACGUCAGUAGACAAGUGGCUGAUUUAAUAUUACUUGAUGACAAUUUCGCCUCCAUUGUAACUGGAAUUGAGGAAGGACGUAGAAUCUUUGAUAAUCUUAAAUCGAGCAUAGCUUAUACGUUAGCUAGUAAUAUUCCUGAGGUGACGCCAUUUCUUGCGUUCAUUGCACUUGGCAUACCACUUCCGGUCGGUGUCAUAUGUAUAUUAUGUAUCGAUCUCGGUACUGAUAUGUGGCCAGCAAUUUCAUUGGCUUAUGAAAAAUCUGAAAGUGACAUCAUGUCCAGGAGACCCAGAAUUCCCCAAAUGGACCAUUUAGUAAGUCGGAAAUUGAUCUUCAUGGCUUAUGGACAGAUUGGGAUUAUAGAAGCAGCAGCCGGCUUCUUUACUUAUUUAGUAAUAAUGGCGGAACAUGGAUUUUUACCAAGGAGGCUGUUCGAUCUUCGAUCAUACUGGGACAGCAUCGCCAUAAACGAUCUAAUGGACAGUUACGGUCAAGAGUGGACAUACAAACAAAGAAAAGUCUUGGAAUAUACAUGCCACACAGCUUUCUUCGUCAGCAUAGUAAUAGUACAAUGGGCAGAUGUAAUAAUAUGCAAAACACGUAGAAAUUCGAUAUUCCAACAAGGAAUGAACAAUUGGUUCCUAAAUUUCGGAUUGCUCUUCGAAACCGGAAUGGCUUGUGUGGUGUGUUAUGCUCCAUACAUGGAUACCAUUUUGAAGACGUAUCCCUUGAAAGCAGAAUGGUGGUUGCCAGGACUUCCAUUCGCUUUGAUGAUCCUGAUAUACGACGAAUUGCGAAAACUGUGGAUCAGAAGAAAUCCUGGUGGAUGGUGGGACCGUGAGACGGCGUAUUAAGAUUUUCAAAAUUCUAUAACUCCUCAAAGAGACCUCGAAAUAUCUGCCAUAGGAUUUUCAUGAACAACAUUAAACCUGAGUCAGAUUCGAAUUCCAGAACUUUUAAUAACUGAACUGUCUAAUAACUACUAUUUUAUUGGACGUCUAUAAAUACACCAACCGGUACGGAAUCGGUUCUUUGUUGUUUCGCUCCCCCACUUCUCCACCAACCACCCAACCAACAAUAACUACGAAGAUAACUCUUGAUGACAUCGUAUG